AUGUGCAAUUGUAAAGGACUUCAAACCAGCGCUAGAAAAGUAAAAGAGAAACGGUGUAUGGCGCGGGCGUUAUAUGACAAUAUUGCCGAAUCACCGGACGAGCUGGCGUUUAGGCGCGGCGACCUUCUUACAGUGCUGGAGCAGAAUACUGGUGGCAGCGAGGGCUGGUGGCUAUGCUCCCUACGAGGGCGCCAGGGAAUAUGCCCCGGCAACCGGCUGCGCAUUGUGGCGGGAGUUUUCGACGGCAGCACUGCGAUGCAGAGGCGGCGCACGCGCACCCCCGCGCCCAUUGCCCACCAGCCAAUGCCCGCACAGCAAUCGCCCGCGUUUACAAAAAUCGAAGAGUGUUCGCACUACGACGUGCCGCGCGCGCCUCUUCCCGUGACGAGAGGCACGUACGACUGCCCAAGGCCUCUCGGCGAUUGGUACGACGCACCCCGCGCCCCCCGGCCCGCCAGCGCUGACUCGGCAUGUAGCGGCACCGGCUCGCUCACCUCUGCCACCUCCAGCGCCUCUGCGAACUCCGCGGGCUCGGCGCACUCCGCGGCCUCUGCUGCCUCCGCCGCCUCCGCCUCUAGCACUUACGACGUGCCACGUUCGCGCGCUCUACCUCUGCCGUGCGACGCUGCUUUAGAGGCCUUAGAGCGACUACAGGAGGAGGCGUCGGCGGCCGUGUCGCGGCUGCUGUCGCACGUGUCGCCCGGCUGGCGGCGGCGGGGCGCGCUGCGGCCGCGCGUGCUCGACGUGCGCGUGGCGGGCGCCCGCCUGCGCGCCGCCCUCCACGACCUGGCCGUGUUCGCCGACGCGACGCUCGCGAACGCGCACGAUGCGCAAGACAAAGGUAUCGCGGUGAAGCUGCGGCCGCUGGUGAAGGCGCUGAAGGACGCCGAGCGGAUCACGCACGAGGCGACGAGCGCGCUGGACGCGGGCGACUGGGCGCCGGAGCGGCUGGAGCGGGAGCGAGAGCCCACUGACGGCUCGCAGGACGCGCUCGACCAGCUGGUGGCGUGCGCGCGCUCCCUCACCGAGGACGUCAGGCGCGCCGCAUCGUUCAUACACGGCAACGCCUCGCUGCUGUUCAGGCGGUCCGCGGCGCCGGGCCACGAGUGGACGGAGGAGUACGACUACGUGAGGCUGGAGUCGCGCGCCGCGGUCGGGCGGCGGAACGCGGAGAUCCGCGCCGCGCUGCCGGACAAGCUGCGCGCCUCCUUCGACGCGCUCGUCCGCGACGCUGACCACGCCGGCGAGGUAAGCGCUGUGGCCGCGGCGACAAGGCUGCCGCCCGACGACCGGCAGCUAGCGGCCUUCUACGCGGCGCAAACGGCCACCUACGGCGCGCACCUGGCCACGGCCGUGGAGGCCUUCCUCAGGACCAUAGAGAUGGGCCAACCGCCGGACGUGUUCCUCGCGCACGGCAAGUUCGUCGUGUUGAGCGCGCACAGGAUAGUCCACGUCGGGGACACCGUGCACAGGAGCGCUCAGCACGCCAGUCUCAAAGCGAAGGCGUUGCGCUGCUCAGACGCGCUGUCGGACGCGCUGGCGGUCACCGUCGCGAAGACGAAGGCGGCCGCGCAACAGUUCCCCUGCGCGAGCGCCGUCGCCGAGAUGGCGGAGGCGGCGCGGGAGCUCGCCGCCCGCGCUCAAGAAUUGCGCCGGGCGUUGGUACGCGCGACCGAGCCCCCCUCCGCCGCCCCCGCGACCCCCACCGCCGCAGUGGCCCCCUCCGCGCCCGCAACGCCGCUCACGCCAAUCGCGCCCGCACUGCCCGCAUUGCAUAUA